CGGAAUCACGGCAGCAACUCGCCUUUGUGGCGUCUCAUCUACGCAUUCCUCACGCAAUUUCCAAAGCUUGCCUUCGCGCUACCUCCAACGUCAUCUCAUCACAAACACACAAAGCCCGAGUAUCACGGCAUUCAAUUAUGCUAUAGCCACCACAUUGGGAGUUCAUUGGGCAUCGAACUACGAUCCAUCGGCAUGGCGUCGUCGCAGAAGCACUUCCUGGGCCGCCACUAUGAUGCAGAGCAUAGCACUGGGCCAUUUCGGUCUCUGAAUCCCACGGAGCGUUUCUUCGUUGCCAAAAAGGGGUCCAGCAGACCCUCCGACGAAGAGAGAAAUGGCGAUUCACCGGCGAGCUCGAGUGACUCUUUGCCCAAGGUUACAUAUGUCUGGAGGAGUCGGGACAACAGGAAGGGUCGCCACGCGUUGGUUAUUGACCGCGAUCCUCGAAAACACAACACGACAGGGCCCAAGCCGUCGAAUACGUGGGAACGAACCUUCCGAGGGAUUCUGAAAAUGGCUGUCAGAUACCCCAUCUGGGAUAUCUCAUACGAUGUCGCUGUCGUCUUCACUAUAGGGUCCAUCAUUUGGGUAAUCAAUGGGUUUUUCUCCUGGCUACCAGUACAAGAUCCCUCGACGGAGUUCUCAGGAGAGACAACCUGGGGAGCAGGUCUUACAGCCUUCAUCGGAGCCACCGUCUUCGAGUUCGGAUCAGUCCUCCUAAUGCUCGAGGCAGUCAACGAAAACCGCACCGACUGCUUCGGGUGGGCAGUGGAAGAAUCGUUCGAUGGAGGCCUGCACCUUCACCCUGACCACGGAUGCCGUCAUGCUCACGCCCAGAAGAGGACAUGGAUAAAGAGGACAGUAGUCGAGGGGACACUGGCUGAGGGGACCUCAUCUGGUUCUGCAGCUGGUGCUCGAAUGUGGUCUUGGUGGCCGACGUGGUACGAACUUAAGACGCACUACUUUCACGAGGUUGGCUUCCUGGCCUGCUUCUCGCAGAUGAUGGGUGCUACCAUUUUCUGGAUCGCAGGAAUCACGUCUCUACCACCAAUCCUGAAUAACUUCUCUAAACCAGCAGAGAAUGGAGUCUACUGGGCCACUCAAGUCAUCGGUGGCCUUGGGUUCACCAUCUCGAGCGCACUCUUCAUGAUCGAAGUGCAGCCUCGCUGGUAUAUUCCCGCGCCAGGUGUUCUUGGAUGGCACAUUGGGCUAUGGAACUUCAUAGGGGCUAUCGGGUUUACGCUCUGUGGAGCACUUGGAUUCGGAAUAUCCAACCCAAGCGUCGAGUAUGCAGCCCUGCUGUCGACGUUUCUAGGUUCAUGGGCUUUCUUGAUUGGAAGUGUUAUCCAGUGGUUCGAAAGUCUGAACAAGUAUCCAGUAUGGGUCGACAAGAAGGUCGUGACCCUUACGGCAGCAUGAAGCAGCGGGCAGGGUUGUUGUUCAUCAGACGAAUAAUUUUUGGGCCACGUCAGGCACACGAAACAUUCAACUGCGGGAGCAUGAAUAAACUAGCUUGCACUCCAUACUUUAAUGAAACCCGCAUUCGGUUUGAGAAUCAUCCGGAAGCCAUGCG